AUGCCCUCGAGUCUCGCUUGGCCUGACGGCCCCGCUUCUUCGUCUUCAUCAGAGUCGGUUUCGUCACCGGAGUCAUGCUCUUCCCCCUCCCUCUGUCACUCUCUCAGCCUCUUCCCGACGCUCGGCUUCGGCGGCGACUCUCGCCGCUUCCUCCAUCUCAGCCUUUCGACCACCUUCUCGGCCUCGCAGCAGCCGUCGCUUCAUCCCACCGCCGUCUUCCUGCGACGCUCCGCCGCAUCCGCUUGGAUGGCUCCACCAAGAAGCCUCUCCGGACGAGCGGAGGAUCGCGUCCGACGCGCAAUCGAAGCAAUCGUCUCAUCGCCGUCAUCCGUGGCGAUGCCCUUUCCCUUUCUGUCUUUUGGAUUCAUCUCAAUUGAAUGA